UAGUUAUUGUUCUAAAUCGCAGUUUCUAUAGAUUUAGGUUUUUUUGCCUCAGAAAACUGACGGUCAUGUUCACACCUUAGCAUGUUCUCAAAAAGGAAAGAACCUAAUUUACCCUGCUAUAACCUAUGGUCACGUACGCCACUUUAGGCUUGGCGUCCUAGCAGUGCCACUUUGUUUUACAAUAUACUGUUAUGAUUUAUAGGGCCUUGUUUCAAGAUCAAUACUGAAUUUCAACAUAGCUAAUAUGCAGGUGGAUGAACCUCCAUUCCUGCCAGUGGGCACUGAUGUCAGUGCUAAAUACAAGGGUGCUUUCUGUGAAGCAAAGAUUAAGAAAGUAGCCAGAAGCAUAAAAUGCAAGGUCACACUCAAGGCUGGAGGCAACAUAACAGUGAAUGAUGAUGUCAUAAAAGGAACCCUGCGCAUUGGCAGCACAGUGGAGGUCAAGCAGGACCCUAAGAAGGAUGCUGUGGAGGCGGUCAUCACCAAGAUCCAGGAUUGCAGCCAGUACACUGUUGUGUUUGACGACGGCGACAUCACGACCUUGCGGCGAUCAGCACUAUGUCUAAAGAGCGGGAGGCACUUUAACGAGAGUGAGACAUUGGACCAGUUACCUCUCACACAUCCAGAGCAUUUUUCUACGCCAGUCAUAGCAGGGCGGCGCGGGAGGAGAGGAAGAGCUGCGUCAGAUGAGAGUGAAGGGGAAGUGGGCACUCGGCGCAUGCCGGCGGACAGCGAGCCGCACGUGGGGCGCGUGGUGCUGGUGGAGGCGGCGGGCGGCGCCGAGCGGCGGCGCCCGCACCAGCCCGCCUUCCCCGCGCUCGUGGUCGCGCCCACGCCCGCCAUCAAGGUCAAGGAGGACUACCUAGUGCGCUCCUUCAAGGACGGCCGAUAUUACACAGUUCCAAAGAAGGAAGCCCGGGAGUUCCGCAAAGGCAGCGCGCCGCUAGAAUGGGGCGGUGUGGAGGCGGCGCUGCAGUUUCUAAACAACGGUACGCUGCCACCGCACUGGGACCGCGCGGCGCUCUUCAAUGAGCCGCGCAAUACCUCCGACGACAGCUCCGAUGACGAGCCUCGUGAAGAAAAAGACCACUUUGUGGCUCAACUCUACAAGUUUAUGGAUGAUCGUGGCACGCCGCUUAACAGGAACCCCACUAUUGCCAACAGGGAUAUUGAUCUCUACAGAUUAUUUAGAGUGGUGCAAAAACUGGGAGGCUAUAAUAGGGUGACGAAUCAGAAUCAAUGGAAGACUAUAGCUGACAAGAUGGGUUUUCAUCCAGUCACCACUAGCAUCACAAAUUUAUGCAAGCAGGCUUAUAAGAAAUUCCUGCACAGCUUCGAGGACUUCUACCGCAAGCUGGGCGUGACGCUGGUGGCGCACCCGCGCGGCGCGCGCACGCCGCCCGCCGGCCGCUCGCUCAUCCGCGACCGCGACAAGCAGCCGCCCACCUCCUCCUCCGCCUGCUCCACGCCCACCAACACUCAGCGCACCAAGGACAAGGACUCUGACAAGAGCGAAACGGACAAAAGUGAGAAGGAGGAGAAGUUAGAGAAAACUGAGAAACCCAAGGAGAAAAUCAGGGGAAGCGAUGAAGAAGAUAGCGCGGAUAACCAGCCGCUUAUCAUCACUGCUCCUAAGGUGGAAAAGGAAAAAGAGAAAGACAAGGAAAAAGAAAAGGACAAAGAGAAAGAAAAGGACAAAGAGAAAGAAAAGGACAAAGAGAAAGAAAAGGACAAAGAGAAGGAAAAGGAUAAAGAGAAAGAGAAGGACAAGGAUAACAAAAGUACAACGUCAACAACAACAACAACGACGACGAGCGAGGAGAAGAUUGUCGUCAAACCGCGUUCGCAGUCGCGGAACCGUACGCUGCCCGUCAAGAUGGAGGCGCUUGAGAAGCGGACGCCGAAACGACGACCCAUAUCGUCCAAAGAAAGUACAAGCGCUGUUAUCACGCCGCGCGCGUCACGUCGACCACACGUGUCCACCGACAGUGAUAGUUCUGGCCGAGCCUCAAGAUGUGGGCCAACAAAGAAAAUGCAAAGUCGCCGCAGCCAGAGCGCUAACUCGGCGAGCAGCGGAAACACCAUCGCGUCUAACAGCAGCAAGCGACCGAGGAAGCGCAAAACUACCGAACCAUCAACAAAUGAGCCGACUCGUGCAAGCAACGUGAAAGCUCAAGUGGGAGACAAGCUAAAGGUGUACUACGGACCCACGCAGUCGGAAUCAAAGGUAAUGAAACCGAAGGUGACGUACGAGGCGAAAGUGAUCGAGAUCUCGUCGGAGGGGAUGCUGCGGGUGCAUUAUACGGGGUGGAACACGAGAUACGACGAGUGGAUUAAACCACAGAGGAUCGCUCUUAACGUGACGCAGCAUGAGACGCGAAAUAAGAAGAGCAUAAGUAACAGCAGACGGGUCAGAUCAAAGAGGACAGAAGAAUCAUCGACUCGCUCUGAUUCGGAUAGCGAUUCAGAUAGCGAUGACAACGUGAAACGACCUAAGAAACCUGACGACAAGUCCAAUAUAAAAACACCCAGGUCUAAAGACGCUAAGUCCAGCGACAGCAGUAGUUCUAGCAAACCUCGCAAAAGGCCAAUCAGGACAGUAUCCACGCCCACUGCUGUUUCCCCUGCCAAGAAACCACGCCCCAGCUCUUCCACGCACCAAGGGCGGGACUACGACCUGAACGAAAUACGAUCGGAACUUAAAGGACUUCACACAGUCAAGCAGGAAACUGAAGAACCGAUAAAGCAAGAAGUGGUGGAGAAGGAAGCUUCCAGCCCACCACAAGCCGCCGCGUCUGCCCCCGAACCAGCUCCGCCAGAGAAACAACCUAAAGAUGAAGAUGUUUACGAGUUCAAGGAACCGGAACCGUUUGAACUAGAACUGCAUGAUGAGAAGAAGAAACGAACUCAUAGGAUCUUUGAUGAUAUUUCACCUAGCAAAUACACUUCAACGCUGUCUAAAUCGCUGAGCGAAGAAAUUUCCGAGGAUCCAUUGAAGACCCGAACGACUCCUUUACGAUCGCCGUCUCUGUCGCCUUUCAGAGAUUUUGUCUCCACGAGCACCGCGCCAGGCCGACAGAGCCCUGAGGAAGAUUCCAAGGAUGGUCUAUUUUCUUUAGACGAAGAUUCCUUCCCUGGCGACGGCAGUUCAGGACAUCGCUUUGAAGGCUUUAUACCUGCAAAGAAUCAAGAAACUUACUCGAAGAAAAGCAAGGUCUCGAAACUUCGGGAACUAAUCGAUGAUUCGCCGGAUAGCAGAGCUGAUGAUGAACAAUCGUCUGAGGACGAACCUGAGAAUAUAGCUAUUAAAGAAGAAUUAGGAGAACCAAGCUCUAGCUCUGUGCCAACUUCCGAGUCACCAAAAUCUCCAGAACCAGUGAAAGAAUCAUCUAACGAAUCUGAACAGGUUGAGGAUUCAAAAACAGAAAACAAUAUUUUAAGCAUGCUGGGAAAUCCAGAAAAGGAACUAGAGCUUCUAGAAAGUAUUCCAGAGCCUGCGAACACGCCUCCUCCGCUUGUAUUCCCGUUAAUUCAAAUAAAAGACAUACCCAUUCCAAGCACACCUUCAGAAUCCACGAGUGACAGCACUCCAGAUUCGAAGGAAGAGACUGUAAAGGAGGAAACACCAAUUAUUGAUUUGGAUUCUAUCCCACUUCCAAGUGACGAGCCAAAGGACAAUGUGUUUAAAAUCAACAAGGAACCAAAAGAAAGUAUCUUUAAACCAAAGGAAACAAAAGAAAAAGAACCCAUUAAAGUUAAGGAAUCGAAAGAAAGUACAAUUAAAGUUAAAGAAAUUAUAGAGGCGGAAGUUAAAGAACCCAGUGAAACUGUACAGAAAUCUAAAGAUACAAAAGACAGUAUUUUCAAAUCUAAAGAUACUAAAGAAACUCCUGUUAAAGCAAAAGAUCUGAAAGACAGUGCUUUAAAAUCCAAAGAUCCAAAGGAAAGUACACCAAAAUCCAAGGAUCCGAAAGAGAGUGUGCCCAAAUUAAAAGAUACAAAAGAAACAAACCCUAAACCAAAAGAUAAAGAUCCAAAAGAAAGUAUUUUCAAACCAACGGAUACUACUGAAAGUGUUUUCAAUCCCAAAGAAAACAUUAUUAAAGUCAAUAAGGAUCCAAAAGAAAGUGUUUUCAAAAUCAACAGGGACCCCAAAGAGAGUUGUACAAAAACAAAGGAUCCCAUCGAAAGCACGUCGAAACCCAAGGAAGCAAAGGAAGUGCUCAAAGUUAAAAUCGAGCCUUUGAAGAGUUUGGAUCCUGAACCAAAUCCUAAACUAGAACCUCCAUCAAGUCCUCUGAUAGAUACUGAAGAAGACAAAUCGGAGCCGGAUAGUCCGGCGCGAAUCGACGUUAUUCCUGAGCCGCCACCCGCCUUCCUCGUACAAUCCGAAGGCCCUAAGAUAGCCGACAAACUUCUUAAAGCUAUCAACAGCGCUAAACGGUUGUCCAUGUCUCCACCACCCGUUGAAGACAAAAUAGACAAAGAUAAACCACGCGCGCUUACACCUAAAACUGACCUUCUUAAAACUAGCAAACCGGAAGGCAAACAAUCACCCAUACCGCUAGAAACUAAAACUCCUAAACAGGACAUAAAACCUCUAACUAAGGAGCCAUUAAAGAAAAUCAGUCCAACAGUCACGGAUUCCAUUUUCGGUGAGCCUUCGAACUUUACCGAUGCGAAACGUGAUCUCGCAGACAUCAAGAAAGUCAAGGCGAAAGAACCCUCGCCGCCCAGGUUAUUAAGUCCUUUAAACAUCCUGGAGCGACGAAAGAGUGUAGCGGAUCUGCCCAUGCCUACCCCGGGCAAGAACAAUAAGGUGCUAAGUGACACUAUACAGAAGCUGUCUAGCCAGAUUAAUUCGAGCCAGGCUGCCGCGGCGAGCAUUCCUUUGCCACCUUUCCCGGCGGAGGAUAGAAGCGAGUCCAGUGAUUCUGAUGAUUCUGAUAGAAGGUUAAUAAUAGACAAGCUGACAGUAGAGGAGUGGAGCGGCACGGACGCGGCCCGCAGCGCGCUGCACGCGGGCAAGUCGCCCGGCGAGUGGAGCGCCGGCGAGACGCUGCUCAUGCUGGAGGACGCCUGCAAGAACGAGCGCAAGCACAGCGCACGCGUAGUGGUGGCGGGCAGCGCGCGCGGCCUCGCCGCCGCCGAGGACGACAGCAACCUGUCGCUGCUGCUGUGCGAGGAGACCAUCCCCGGCUCGCCCGCGCCCGACGCCGAGCCGCCGCCAAGGCCGGACCUGCACAUGCCGUUCGCGUGCGCGCCGCAACACGCCAACAAAGUAGAAGAACGGCGCGCAGGUUCAGCGCGUUCGCCGGUAGCGGGCGGACACGCGGCGGAGGCGAGCUGCGCCCCCGCCGCGUGGGGGCGGCGCGCGCUGCUCGACAACACGCCGCCCACCACGCCCGACAGCAGCCUCGACAUGUCGCCCAUGAGAGAACGGCGCAUUUCGGAGCGAGACAGUCCGAUGGAAAGGAAAGAAGACGAAGACGACAGGCGUGAGAAUGACGCCUCUGCCAUGGACAUUGACAAAUCUCAUGGAGGCGCGCGGUCGCGCAAGGCGUCGGAGUCGUCGUGCGCGGGGGCGGGGUCGGGCGCGGGGGCGGGCGCGGGCGCGGGGGCGGGGGCGGGGCGCGGCCGCAGCCGGCGCGCGCGCCGCGACACGGACGACGCGCGCGCCGCCGACCUCAAGUACAACUUCUUCAUCGAGCUCGACCCGUCAUGGGACUGCCAGACCCGCAUCACCGUGCUGACGACGCGGCUGGCGGACCUGCGCAAGGCGUACCACUCGGUGAAGGCCGAGCUGGCCGCCAUCGACCGCCGCCGGAAGAAGCUGCGCCGCAAGGAGAGAGAAGCCGUGAAGGCAGCGAAGGCGGCUUGCUCAUGAUGAAGGCAGUAGUGAGGGCCCUGAUCUCAGCCGCCGCCAACAGACAGUUCAUUCGUUUUAGAAUGAACGGGCACGCGAACUUGCCUGUCUCCCGUUAAGCUACGUUGAAAACAAGCUAGAACAUUAGCAUGUAGAAUCUGUAUUGUUAUUAUGCCUAUCGUACAACCUCGUUGUAUAAAAUUUCAUCGUAUCUAAAUAAUAAUUUAUGGUACAUGUUUCGUCUGGAUAAUUUAAAGGCUUGAACGCAUGGUUUGACGCCGAAGUAUUGUAUGUAUAUGUAAUUUAUAGUUUCGCAAAUGUUACCUAGGUAUGUGGGGAAUAAGUGAAAGUACAUAUUUAGCAAUACUGUUAUUGUGCAAUUAUGCGGAAUCUAAACGGAAUAUUGCUUUCAUAAAUAUAUACAUGAACUACAUACUAUUAAUAGGAAAGAAAUACAUUAUUUAUUAUAUUUGAAGACUGAUCGAUCGAAAUAUGGGAUAAAUGUAUUUGACACAUUUUUAUUUAAGGUUUAUAAUAUUUCUUCAAUUUAUUAUGUCGUUUAUUUGAAUAUAGACAGUUUUAUUGA